AUGGCGCAGCUCGGCCCAUGGCGCGCCCUCGUCAUCCUCCGCGCCGCCCCUGCCCCCGCCGCCCCUGAGGCGCCAGCGGCAGGGCGCACGGCGGAGCCCGUGGCGCGCGCGUGGGUGUGCCGCGCCGUCGGCCUGCAGCACCACGAGCAGAGCGCAUGGGUGCGCUUCCCGCUGCCGCCCGCACUGGCGGAGGACGCCGGCGUCGUCGCCGGCUGCCAGGAGGGGCGCCUGGAGGUGCGUGUCGAGGCGAUGGCCCCUGGCGGCACGUGGCUGCCCCUCAUAGUCAGCUCGCCGUUCAGGCUGCACCUGGCGGAUGACCGGGCGAUGCUGCUGCAGAGCCACAGGGAGGGGCUCUACGCCUGGGACGCAGAUGAGGGCGGCGGCGGCGGCGCGGGCGGCGCGGGCGGCGUGCCACAGCACGCGCCGGAGGGCCCGCAGCAGCAGGGACAGCAGCCGCCGGCGGGCGGGCCGCAGCCGGCGAACGCAGGCCGCGAGCCGCCCGCGUGGUUCGAGCUUGCGGCCCCCUUUGCCGCCGCGCUGGCGUCGGCUGGCGCCGGGGGCAGCAACGGCAGCACGCCCGCAGGGGUGGCGGCGCCAGAAUGCGGCCCCCUGGAGCGAUCCGCCCAGGUUGCGCCUGCAGCCGCGGCGGCGGCGGGUGCGGUGGCGGAGGAGGGUGUGGCGGCGCCCCCCGCGCGCGACCUGCGUAUGGUGGCCUACGUUCACUAUGAGCAGCUGCUGCCUGCGGUACAGGGGCGGCUGGCGCUGCCGCAGCUCGACUUCUGCCGGCUGCGCGGCUCACAGGGUCUGGGCCGCGUCACGGCGCGGCUCAGGCGCCGGCGGUGGGGCGUGGCGGCGGUCCAGUUUGAGGCGUUGGUGGAGGGUGAUGUGGACGUCGUGGCUUACGGCGGGGCCGGGGAGGAGGGCGGCGGAGGGGCGGGCGAUGGCGGGGCAGGGCAGGGCGGCAGUGGGGAGUUGCUGGAAUGGGGCCCGGGGGAGGAGGAUUGCAGCGACAGCGGGGAUUCUGGGGGCGGCGCAGAUGGGGAGGACGCUGGAGGCGCCCCCGACGGCGAGGCCCAGCAGAGUCAAGUCUCGGACCCGUCCGCGGCCGACGGCGACGGCGGCGGCGGGGCGGCGCGCGCUGCUGUGGCUGGUGCGGCGGGGCGCGAGCUGCUCGAGUCGAUGGUGUCGGGUGAUGAGGUGAUGGCUGACCUGGCGCUGUUUGACGACACGGGGAGGCUGCUGCUUGGCAGGGCCGGCGUUGAGAUGUGGCAAAAGGAGGGCACCUCACUUCUGCCUGCAGCCAACGGCGCCGGCGGUGCUGACGUGGUGGCUGUGCACCGGCAGCUGCACCUGCUGCACUUCCUGGUGGACGGCCUUGGUGACGAGGAGCUGUGGGACUGCUGCCUCACGCUGGACCCCGCGCCGGAGCACCAGGGCGGCGGCCGCAUCACGCUGAGGCUGUCGUGGCGCGCGCUGGUCGGGCUGCACCCCCAGCCGGGGAUCGCCGCAGGUGACGGCGGCGGCUAG